AAUAAGAAAUUGUUUAUAGGUAAUAAUUAUUAUUUUUUUGAUUAUAAUUCAUAAUUUUUGGCAGUCAUCAUAUUAUCAGUUAUGGAUUUAUGCCUUUUUAAGGACUGUGGCCAAUGACCGUUGGGCUUAAGAUAAGUUUUAAAGUUUAAUGGCCAGUAUUAAAUUAAAUAAAAAUUAUAAUUAUUCUACUUGUAACUUAUACUUUAUAGCAGACUUACAAUUAUAAUUAUGUCCUAUUAAUGCGAUAGUGUUCACUGAAUUUACUACGACAAUGCUUUGAAGUUUGCACUGACUAAGAUAAAUCAAAUUCAGAUUACUAGUAUUAUAGAUGUGUAAAUAAUGAAUGCUAUGAUAAUUUAAUCAAAAUAAUUUUUUUGAAAUUUGUAACAAGUCAUUUUCUUUCACAGUAAAUUUAAGGAAUAUAUUAAUAUAAAUAAUUAUUGGUGGACAUUAUUAAAUGUAUGAGCGUGUAAACAUACCUACCUUAGCACCCUCAAAUCUAACAACACAUUGAAUAAAGAAAUGGAAGAUAAAAAACAAAAUCAGUUGGAAAGUGAUGAAGUAAAUGAAUUUAAAUACAAGUAUGCAGAAGAAAAACAAAAAAAUGAAGAAUUAAACAAAUAUUUAUUGCGUUUGCAAAAUAAUAUGAUCAUAUCAGCUGUUGGACAUAAAGAUCAACCCUCAAAUAAAAAAGGAGAUCAACAAAGACGAAUUUGGAGUGGAAAACUAGAUAAUACAUUUUCUUCUAAUAGUAUUCUUGAAACUAUUGAAGAAAAUGAUAGUUUACAUCAACCAAGUGAAUCAUUAGCUUACUUUGGAAAUCUAAAUAAAGAAUUUAAAACACCUUUAGAAUCAUUUGAAUGGAAUUUAAUAAGAGAAGAAGAUCCCACUGCAGUUACUGAAGUCAUAAACAACGAAAAUACUGAACAUAAUUUAUCUCCACCUUCCAGCAUAUCAUUCAGUGUUUGUGAAACCCCUAAAAAAGUUUUAAGAGAACGUGUAAAUAAUUACAAACACUUGUUUGAAACCAGUAUGAAAGAAAACAAUGAGCUAAGAGAAUUCACUACUCUUGAGAAACAAAUGUUUUAUGAUAAUAAUGAACAAUUAAAAGAAUUAAGUAAUUUGAAAAAGCAAGUUGACAAUCUUCAAAUUGAAAAAAAUGAAUUUGAAAAAAUGAUUGAAAAACUUAAAUAUUCAGUUCAAGUAGUUGAAAAGAAAAAAUAUGAUAUUGAAAUUAUUAAUGAAGAACAAAGAAUUAAUUUUGAGAAACGAGAAAAUGAACUUCUAGCAAUAAUUCAGGAUACAAAAAAAGAGGUAAAAUCUAAGGAAGAUCAAAUUGAAAAAUUCAUAUUAAGCGAUAACUUUAAGGCAGAAAAGCAAGAAGAAAUUAAAAAACUUGAAGUGAAAAUUAAAGAAAUGUAUCAAUUGAAUAAUACAUAUAUUAAUGAAAUAGACACUUUGAAAUUACAAUUGUUAAAUAAAGACAAACAACUAAAUGUAGAAUUGUCUAAACAAUGUUCAAUUUUUAAUGAGUUAUCUCUUCUUCAAAGUUAUGCAUCUGAAGCUAAGUCAGUUCCUUGUAGUAUUCAGUUCUUAACUGAUGAAGGUUAUUUUAGUCUUAAAAAAUGUAAAAUAUUGGAACUGGUUCAACUAUUAGAACAUAUUCAUGAUAUAGUAGAACAAUUACAACAAAAAAACCAAAUUUUACUAGAUGAAAAUAAUAAUUUGAAAUUAAUAACUAAUGAUUUUAAUAUUAAAAUGAAUAACACAAAUAAAGAAAAUUAUGAAAUGAAACUAAAUUCAAUUGAAGAAAAAAUUAAGUUUACUAUCAAAGAACUCAGUGACAGUUCUGAGAUAAAUAUUGAUAAUUCUGAUGCAAAUAGCUUAAUUGAUUUGACUGUAAAAUAUUUUAAAGAAAACUCAAACAAGAUUGAUAUACUGUCUAACAAGAACUUAAUUUUAGAAGAAAAAUUGUCCUUAUCAAACAUAAAACUCUGUGAAAUAAUAUCAUUUGUAUUUAAUAAUCUUGAAAAUAUUCUUCAGCACAUUUCUACUUUGAAUGUUAAAUCAAGUACAGAAAUGGAGAAAUUCAAAAAAGAACUCUCUAAAACUAUAGAAGAAAAUAUAUUUUUAAAAUCUAGUAUUCAAGCAUUCGAUAUAUUAACAUUUGAAUGUGUUGAUAUGAUAGAAACAGUACAGAUAAAUCAAUCAAAUCUUAUAAACAUUCAAGAAGAACUUACUGCCUGUAAUGGUAUUAAUAACGAAUUACAACUACAAAUUGAAGAACUAAAUGCAUUGAAUACAAAUCUCAAUACAUUAAUUGAAAACCAAAUUAAAAUUGAAAAACAAAUAAAAUACGAAUUGGAUGAUACUAAAUAUAAACUUUCUCUUAAAAAUAAAGAGUUAGAAAUUGUAGUUUCACAAGUUAAUGUUUUACAAUCAACAAUUGAAGAAAUUAAAACAAAUACAAACUAUAAUCCUACUAUUAUCAAAAGACUAAAUAAUGCACUUAAUACUAUUAAAUUUGAACUGGAAGAAAAAUCUAAAUUUGUGAAUAAAUUCAAAAAUAACAAAUCAGAAACAACAAUUUGUAAUAAUUUAGAAAGAAUUCAUAAACCAAAUGAGGUUAUUACAAAACUUAAAUCUGAAUUAAAAUAUAAGUUAAUCAAUGAAAAAGCUUUGAAUAAUGAAUUGCCAAUUGUUACGGUAGAAUUGGAUGACACUAUUGUUAAAGUUGAUGAAGUAAAAUCAGUAAUUGAAAUUUUAAAUAUAAAGGAUGAAUCCAAUGUUUCUAUUAUGGAACAGCUCAAAUAUGAACUUAAAUGUAUUAAAUCUACACUUAUUGGAAAAAAUGAGUUAAUUAGAAAAUUAGAAAACAUUAAUUUAGAACUUUUAACAAAAUGUAAAAAUUCUGAUGAAUUAAAUAAAAUCAUCACUGAACUUAAAAUAAAUCUGGAGAAUAAAAUUAAUGUUGAAAAUGAAAUACGAGCUGAACUUAAUGCUAAAACUAUUAAAUUAGAGUAUGCUAUGCUUCAAGAUAAUGAACUUCAGACUGUGAUAGAAAGUAUGGAGAAUGAAAUAAAAUCAAAUGUUGUUUUAAUAGACAAAUUGAAAUCUGAAUUAUCUACAAAAUCAGAUUUAUUAACCAAAUUAGAAAAUGUACAUUUUGAAUUAAUUUCUAAACAUCAUUAUAAAAUAAAAAAUAAUUUAGAAGAUAAAGUUCAAUUACAUGUAUUGAAUUACCAUAAUUUGUAUACAGAAUUUAUUAAUUUGUCUUGUGAUAUUGAAUCAUUAUUAAAAUAUCAAACCAUUACAGUAUCUAAUCUGAGAGAAGAAAUUCACCUUAAAUCUACAGAAAUUGAACACUUGCAAAAAAAAGUACUUGAAUCGAAUUUGCAGCAAGAAUAUGACAAGCUAAAAGAAGAAUAUAUGUUAAGGUCUUAUGAAUGUGAUGAAGCCCGACAUAAAAUAUUGCAUUUGGAAUCAACAUUAUCAAGAAAUAAAAAACAUGAAAAAGUUCUUAGAAAUGAUUCAUUUCAUAUUAAGGUUAGUGAUAAUAGUUUAGUGGAUUUAAAUGAAGAAAUUGUUUUGAUGAAAUCAGAAUUAGCCAAAAAAACUAGUUGUGAAAAAAUAUUACUGGAAGAAAUAGCAAAUCUUAAAUGUAACUUGGAUGCACUUCGAGAAAAACUUUUUAAUGUCACUAAAGAAAUGGAACUUAAAGAAAAAAGAUGUGAAGAUUUAACUUUGAUUAUUAAUGUUUUAACAAUUGAAAUAAAGGAUGCAAAUUUAGUUAAACAAAAUCUAAAGACUUGUUGGAAUGAAGCUGAACAUGAAUUACUUAAGUCUGGAGACCUUUGUGAAAACCUUAAAUUAGAAUUAUAUAGUGUGCAAAGAGAAUUAGAAAAUGCUUGCAUUAAAACUGAAUGUAUAGAAAAGGAAUUACAAAAUCUUGAAUUUAAAUUUAAUGAUAAAAUUAAUAAAAAAUACUUCAAUAGUUGUGAUGUUAGAAAUCAAUUAAUUGAUCCACUUGUUGAUUAUGUACAUGAUAUUAAACUGAAACUAACUGAACUCAAUUCUGCAAUGAUAUCAGGAAACCAAAGCGAAAAACAAUUUAGAACAAAAGUUAUGUCUGUUGAUGAUGAUGUUUUAUCACACAAUGAGUCAUGGAAAAUAAGCUAUAACUCCCAACUUGGAUCUCCUAAUUGUAAAAUUGGUUUAGAAAUUGAUAAUUUAAAUAAGAUUUUAAAAGAAAAAAAUAUUUUGAUAAAUACUCUACAAACAGCUAAAAAAGAAAUAAAAAAAAGAAAUUAUGAACUUCAAUGCCAAAUGAAAAAACAAUCUGAUGAAAACAAUAAAUAUGUUAAUGAUAUACAAUUUGUGAAAAAUGAUCUAAAAGAAAAAAUAUUGUUGGUGAGCAAUUUAAAUAUUGAGUUGAACAGAAUCAAACUAGAAUAUACUAAACUUGAAGAACACAAUCAAGCAAAUAAAAAAGAAAUUGAUAAUAGCUAUGACAUUGAUUUAGAGUUAAGAAAUGGUAAAAGGAAUAUUAUAAAUGAAAUAAAUCUUCUCGAACCCGGAAAAAUUACAGGAGUUCUAACUGAUCAUAAUUUGUCUAAUUUGUUGGAUAUGUUUGUCAGCCUUAUAAUGAUCAAAGAACAUCAAAUAGUAACUGACUUAGUUAGUGACCAGAAUAAAAUUAAACAAUUAUAUGAAGAUAAAAUCAAACAGAUGCAAGAAGACAUAAAAAAAGGAAAAGAAUGGCAAGAGCAGGUUGAAAGUGAUAAUGAAAAACUCAGCCUUGAACUUGAAAAUCUCAAGUAUCAAAAAAAUAACUUCUCUGGUAGAGAAUUAAAGAUAAAAGAACUGACAGAAAAAGUUUUAGAAGCAGAGAAUCUAUCCUUUAAUUAUUUAAGUGAGUUAGAAGAAAUAAAGACUCGAAUGAGUCAAACAAGUGAACAAAAUUAUCAGUCAUUGUUACACGAAUUUGAAGAGUUUAAGACUAGUUCAGAGCAAUCUUUACAAGAUUUGAAAAAUAAACUUGAAAAUAAAACCAAACAAUAUAACAAAUCAUUAAUAUUGUGUGAAGUUCAAAAAAGUAGUUGUUCGAGUUUAGAAGAUCAAAUAGAAAAGAUUCAAUCAGAAUGUGCUUGUUUAAAAUCUGUUAUUGAAAAAAAAGAUGAAGAUAUUAAACACUUAAUGAAGACAAAUGAAUAUGAAAUAAUGAUCGAAAAAUAUAGUUUAGAAAAAGAAGAAAUGAGAAAUCUUUAUGAAAAAAAAAUUAAUGAUCUACAGCUUGAUUUAAGUAAUAUUAAACAUAAAAUGUAUUGUACAGAAAAGUUGCUAAAAGAAAUUAAUAAAAACAAUGAAAAAGAUCAAAUUAAAUUUAAAAUGAAUAAUCACGGUUUAGUUGAAGUAAAUGAUAUAACUGAAAAAUUGAGGACAAUACUUAAGUGUAAUGGUACAUUGCCAACAAUCUAUGAAAAUAUUUGUUCAUUAAUGACCAAAUGUGAAUAUUUAGAGGAAGAAAUUAAAGAAUUGAAACAUGCUAAUGUCAACUUAGACAAUGAAUGUGAUUCUAUGUUAGAGGAGGUAAACAAUAAAGAUAAUAAGAUAUCUGAACUUUUGACUCAAGUAGAUUUGUUGAAGAAAAACAUUGAAUUGUUAACAGAAGAAAGAGAUAUUUUGAAAAAUAACAAGUGUAAAAAAUGUAAAAAUGUCAACAAUGAUGUUAAAAAGUUAAAUGAUGAAAUAUGUAGUUAUGAGCAAAACAUUUAUGAACUAAGAAAAGACAAAGGUCAGCUAAUUGUUCAACACAAUAAGGAACUAAAGCGACUCAAAAACGAACUACAAGAAGUUCAAGCUAAGAACUUGGAAUUAUUUAACGAGUACAGUACAUUAUCCGAAACUGCUAAAAAUUUGGAAAAAACAUUGAAAGAAGACAUUCAACAAUUAAAUAGAUGUAUUGUGGAUAAGAAUGCAAAAAUAUCUACAUUAGAAUUGUUUUCCAAAACAUAUUCCAAUGAUCUCAAAAAGAAGAAUCAUGAAUUGGAAAUUAUUUUUAAAAGAGCAAAAGAUGAAAACCAUAUGUUGCGCAGAGAAUUAUGUCGAUUGAAAGAAAUUAAAAAUGUAAGUACAGCUGAUCAUUGUACUCAGACUGUUGAAGAACAAAGCAGCAUAAUACCUGACCAUAAAUGUAUGAUUGACAAAAUUGCUAAAUUUGAGAGUGAUAGUAAAAUGAUGAGAAUGAUGCUACAUCAUCGUAAAUCUAAAAUAGAAGAACUCGAAAAGCAACUCAAUGAAAGACAUUGUAGAAUUUAAUUAUUAUAAAUCGCUAGCUUCAGCUCUUUAGUUAAAUAUUUAAAUUUGUAUUUUUAUAAGAUAU